AUCCCUCUCUCUUCUAGCUCUCUCUAUGGACGAACUAGAUGGAAAAAGAGAAACACAAGAUUUCAUGAACGUUGAAUCUUUCUCUCAACUUCCAUUCUUCCGUCGUCCUCCCUCCAAAUCUAAACCCAUUCGUCUAUUCGGCAAAUAUUUCACCGGCGGAGAUUACUUCGGUGAAGACCACUCCGAGACCAACAACAAAGAAGAUAAAGAAAAAGAUGAAGAAAACCAAACCGAAGAAAACGGUAAGGACAAUAGCAUAAACAACAACAGAAGAUUCGAGUGUCGCUAUUGUUUUAGAAACUUCCCUACUUCACAAGCCCUAGGUGGUCACCAAAACGCUCACAAACGAGAACGUCAGCUCGCCAAACGCAGUGCUUCCUCUUACUUUCAUCAUCCCGACGCUAAUCUCUACGGUUACAAUCACUACCCAUCCUGGAGCAGCGGGUCAUUACCUGCCGCUAGGUUCUAUGGUGCUGGACACACUUUCGGCACGUCAUCCUCCUAUGUCACACGACCGAUCAAUGGGAGUCCAUUUGGACUGUGGCGUGUACCGCCCUCGUCAGAGGCAGCGUUUACUAGUCAUCAUGACUCUUAUAAUAACUCGACUUCAUUGUUUUUGGCCGGUUCUCAACCGCAUCCACCGUUACAUGUGGGUGGCUCUUCCGCUCAGAACCGCAUGUCCUCAUACGGGCACGGUUUGAGCCCCAGUGUAAAAGAUAAUGUGAGUCUCGAUCUUCAUCUUUAA